AUGGAAAAUUGCGAAGCGGAGGAUCUUACCAUUAAUAUAAAGCUAAAAAAACAAACAACUGCCUUGCACUGGGCUGCCAAACAUGGAAAUGAAGAUGUUGUCAAACUCAUUGCCGGCACGUACAAAGCAGAUGUUAAUGCUAGGACGAAUGGGGGAUAUACACCUUUACAUCUUGCAAUGCAGUUUGGAAGAGAAGAUAUUUUUGCCCUCCUUUGCAAUGUUUACAAAGCAAAUCGAGAUCUUAUGGACUGGAGUGGCAAUAAACCCUUGGACUAUCACAAGCAACGCACAAGUGUAUCAGCAUCAACUUACAGCAGUGAGUAUGAUGUGUUAAUGCCUCAGCUGCCGGAAAAAUUCCGUAAUCUUACUGCUGGCGGAACGGUUGGUUUUUCACGUAAAAAGCGCUCUCAAGGUCGAUAUGCAACUAUGUCUGGAAGUUCACUUCUUAUGCGCAAUCAAUCGAUUAUGGCCAGUAAGAAACGUAAGACACUUCAAUCGAUGUUGGACCAAGAUGCAAUGCUUAAGCCAGCUUCUUCACCUGAUAGAGUAAUUUCAACAAACAAUAAUAAUAAUAAUGAAGUUCAGAGUUCUGACUCUGGUUCUCCAUCAAAUAACUACUAUGGCAAAAUUCCAAGUCGUCGUAAGGAGAGCUUUUUGCGUAAGACAUUCCGAGCCGCCAGCACUAGAUCGGAAAUGGUAACUAACAACCAGCACUCGGAAAUCAAGGCAAGGAGAAAACAUACAGAAAAAGAUUUGGGAUUCCUGCGGAUUGGUUCUUUGAAUGUGAGAGUGAAGAAGACAACAGAAGCAUUCAGCAACUUCUUGGGAGUGGGAAAUGGCAAUGGGAAUACGAACACUCACGUGACGGUUCCAGCCGGUCAUCAACACCAUCCCCAUCACCGACACCAUCCACAUGCUAUAACAGCUGCGAAUCCGAUGAUGCGGACGAUCAAACCCUUAGGGACGUCGACUCAAUUGACAACUCGAGCGAGUGUUCCCAUCAAUACGAAGAAUAAAUUUGAAAAAAUCCAUAAAACUUGGGGCUCAGCUGACAACAUUCCUCGAGAUGGUAGUGCUGGUAUGCCCCCGCCCAAAGGAAGUGACUCACUGAAAAAUAGGAAAACUAAACGAAACAAUACAUCUGAAUGUGGAACCACUUUGACCGGCUAUAGCAGCAUGCCAACAACUCCGAAUCAACUGAGAGCUCCGAUUGGAAUAUUAUCGGAGCAAAUUGUUAACAUUGGUGAUUCUGAUUCGGAUAUAGCUUGUGGAUUUGGAUCGAAUUGGUCAGUGAGCCAAGGUAGCAAUCAAUCUAAUGCUCCAGCCCCAAGAUAUGGAUAACCCGUUUCUUUUUUUUUUAAUAAUUUAACUAAAAUAUGGAACAAAUGUGUAUUUGUUUAUUUUUUAACUAUGUAUGUAUGUAGUAUGUAUCCAAUAUGACAAUUAAUGUUUUAUUGUUAUCUCGAAUAUGAUAUUUUUAAUAAAAAGUAUGACUUUAUAAAA